AUGCUGGGGAAAAGCUGUGGACUGGAUCCUCCACCCUUCCCGGUCAACCGCCAACACUGCCGUCAAUUCAGCUCAUGCGCGCCAUCCGGAGGCAGCGGCAACGCAACAUUUCCGCAGCUAGUUGAUCACAGCACUCCACAGCUCGGAACGUUUGAACAAUUCUUCUACUGGAACACAAAUUCCUGGGACGAGCGAAACUGGAGGCAGGCGCCCAUCAUACUCUAUCUUGGCGCCGAUCACAGCAUCCAAGAUCUAGACCAAAACAUCAAUGGAGACGAUUCGCUGGUUGCAAAGCUCGCGGAAACUGUGGGUGGCGCGAUCAUCUACUUGGAGCAUCGAUAUUGGGGAAGCUCCAGUCCCUUUGAAAUUGGCACGACUUCCAAUCUUCAAUAUUUGACGAUCGAGCAGGCGUUGGAGGAUGUUACCCAUUUCAAAGAGAACGUCGAACUGCCUUUCUUGACGAAUGCUCAAAACCGAUUAGCGGACACGCCUGGGUCCAACAACCCCCCAUGGAUAUUAAUAGGAGGAGGUUAUGCCGGAGCGCUCACGGUUUGGACCGCUCAAAGGACGAAGGACCAUUUCUGGGCUUUUGUUGCAUCCUCGCCAGUGAUGAUCGCGCAAGAACGCUUCUCCCAAUUCGAUCGUGCUGCAAUUGAGUACGGGCCGAAGAACUGUACCAGGGACGUGAUGCGUGUAGUCGAAUACGUCGACAAUAUCCUUGAGCAUGGCACUCGCAACGAGAUAUCUGCGUUGAAGUCCAAGUUUGGGCUUGAAUCGCUUCGAGAUGACGACUUUGCCUUCGUACUGCACAUUGGACCGCUGCAAUGGACCGAGGCUUCCAUCAGUCGUGAGUUUUCAUACAUGGAGUUUUGCGACCAUGUCGAAGGGGUCUACGGCCAAAUGAACCCACACAUCCACAUCCCCGAUGAAUAUGGUGUCGGUCUUGAAAGAGCAAUUUCCGGAUAUGCGAUGUACGUCGAGUCGUUGAAGCGUCAUUGUGAGGGCGCUGGAUACGGGGCAUAUCAAGGCCGUGGAAAUAACACACGUUGCUGGGACACCUACGAACCCCUUAAUCCGAAGUUCACUGAUAUAACCAUCAAUGAUGGGGCUGUGAGGCGUCAGUGGAAGUGGUUGACAUGCAACGAACCAUACGCAUCCUGGCCUGCGCCGCCACUGGAAGGUCAGCCUUCACUGAUGAGUCGGUUCGUAACUCCUGGUCGCUAUGCGAGAGAAUGCCGACUCACUUUCCCUGCCGGCGAAGGGGAGGGCUUCGGACUCAAAAGCGGUUCAACCUUCGAGGAAUUCAACAGAAAGUAUAACGGACGCAACAUAUCGGACCACGACCAGAAGCUCAUCAUCUCACACGGAAGAAUGGAUCCUUACUUUGCCCUGUCCGACCUCUCACCUGACGGAUCUCUGGAUCAGACCACUUCGCAAACACGCAGAUUCGUACAUCCUGGUGGAUCUAGAGACGACCUUUUUCUGUCCAGUGGUCGUGACCAUCCCGAGAUGAAAGCGGUACAGGAUGCAGAGCUCGAUCAAUUGGCAAGUUGGAUAUCCGAGUAUCGAUCGGACAGCCAACGACCGUAA